AUGUCCCUGCUCAACCGUUCUCUUAUUGGCACUACCAAGAUUCUCCACCACAGCCAUUCCAUUAGUCCCUUGGCACGACUGAAUCCUCUCACAGAACAAGUUCGUUGGGCAUCAAAGAAAUCCGGCGGUUCUUCACGUAACGGCAGAGAUUCCGCUGGUCGACGAUUGGGAGUAAAAAUGUUUGGUGGUCAGGAAGUCAUUCCUGGCAAUAUUAUUGUUCGACAAAGAGGAACCAAAUUCCAUCCAGGUGAUAAUGUCGGCAUGGGUAAAGAUCAUACUCUUUUUGCUCUUGAAUCGGGUUACGUUCGAUUCUACAAAGAUCCUCAACAACCCAAGCGUCGUUUAGUCGGUGUUGUCUUUGACCGAAACGAUACACUACCUAUUCCUCCCGAUCAGCCUAAACCUAGACGUUUCGACCUUGUCGACCUGACAACCUUAUAA